AUGAUAGUUGCAGAUGCAGCGGGUCUCAGGAAGCGAACGACCUUGAGGAGGUUACGUUGGUACGCCACCCUGGCGCGGCGGAGGGGAAGCAGGAGAGAAGUAGGGGAGGGAGGCGCCGACUCCUGGCGAGGGGGGAACCGGCUCCUGACCGCGGCAGUCCAGUCAGUGUCCGCGCGGCCGCGCACGCAGGCGGACCGCGAGAGGAUGUUGCAGCAGCUGCUGCUGCUGCUCUGCUGCGUGAUCACGGCGUCGCGCUGCGCCGACGUGCUCAGGUGCUGCCCGCGCGGCCAGAAGCUGCUGGAAGGCGGCUGCGGACCCACGGACGAGCCCUGGACGCCGCUCAUCUACUCUGAGCGCCGCGGGGAGUACCUGCCCUUCGGCGUGACUCCCGCGCACUGGAACCUGGUGGACGGGGGCAGGCCCGACUGCGGCGUUGCCGGUUCGGAGGUUCGGGUGCGCUCGUCGCCGCAGGCCCCGGCGUUCGUGCUCUUCGAGAACGGCUCGCUGCUCCUGCUGGCUACCGAGGGGAUGGUACCGCCGGGGAGGUACUGCGUCGACCACUCGGAGGCCGUGGCGUGCGUGGAGUCGCCGGCGGCGGGUGGUGGGGCGGGGGUUCCGGCCGCCCCCGGGGGAGGCGUGCCCAAGUGCUGCGGCCCGGAGGCGCGCUUCAGCGAGGCGGCGCUCGCGUGCGUCAUGGCGGAGGGUGACCCGGGGAUCCCGGGGGCGGGCAGGGCCCAGGGCUUCCCGGCGUGUCGCGACGGCGAGGAGCUGGGGGUGGUUGACACCGCCCCCGCGGGGGCGGGGCACGGAGACCACUGCCUGGAGCGCCUGCUGGGGGCGGCGGAGGACGACGUGUCCGUGUUCGCGUGCCACGUGCCGGCCCAUGACUCGCCGGUACACCGCGACCCGGCCGAUCUGCGCUUCGUGCUCUACCCGGUGGGGCUGUUCCUGUCGUGCUUCUUCCUGGCGUGCACGCUGGCGGCCGGCUGCCUGCUGCCCGCCUCGCACCACAUGCUGCACUGGCGCUGCCAGACCUACCACGUGGCGUGCCUCCUGCUGGGAGACUUCCUGCUGGCCGUCACCCACCUGUCGGGACACCGCGUCGCCGGCGCCUUCUGCCUCGUGCUGGCGACUUCCACGCACUUCAUGUUCCUGGCUGCGUUCUUCUGGCUCAACACCAUGUGCUUCAACAUCUGGUGGACGUUCAGGGACCUGCGGCCGGCCAACAUGGACAAGGGCCAGGAGCUGCGGCGCCUGCGGGUGUACCAACUGUACGCGUGGGGGUUCCCCGUGCUCGUGGCAGGCCUGGCCGUGCUGGUGGACAACCUGCCCGCCGAGUACGGCUCGCUGCUGAGGCCGCGCUUCGGCCGACACAGCUGCUGGUUCUACGGGGACAAGGAGAUCCUGGCCUACUUCUACGCGCCGGUGGGCGUGCUGCUGCUCAUGAACCUGCUGCUGUUCGCGGCGACGGCGCGCGAGCUGACCUGCGGCCUGUGGCGAGGCGACGUCAACAGCAGCUCAGAGAGGUCGACGCUGGGGCGGGUGUGCCUGAAGCUGGUGAUCGUGAUGGGGCUGACGUGGCUGGCGGACGUGGUGUCGUGGGCGGCGGGCGGCCCCAGCUACCUGUGGUACCUCCCCGACGUGGUGAACACGCUGCAGGGGGUGUUCAUCUUCGCGGUGGUGGGCUGCCACCCGCAGGUGUGGGGCGCCGUCAAGCGGCUGUGGUGCCUGGAGGAGCGGCGCGAGGCGGCGCGCGGCGCCGGCCACCUGUCGUCGUGCUCGCACGCGUCGGGGCGCUCCGUCGGUGAGCUCACCACCGGCACCACCAAGACCCUGCCGCUGGAGACGCUCUGCUGAGCGGGGGACCCGGGUACGUUGGACGGCCGAGUUGAAGAGUACUAGUCACUCUCGAGUCCUCGGGUAGGAAUGUCUGCUGACACCCACCAGGAUCAUGCCGCUUGAGACGCUGUGCUGAGCGAGGGACCGAGUCUUCCCCAGGUAUGUUAGACGGCCAAGACACAUCUGGUUGCGUGCCAAGUUGAAGAGUACUAGUCACUCUCGAGUUCUCGGGUAGGAGGAUAAUGCCGCUUCAGACGCUGUGCUGAGCGUGCACUUGUUACCCAAGAGGAUACUUGUCACUAACUCCCCUCUCGAGUCCUCGCACCAAACACCAGCGUUAUCUAAGGUCGUGCCCUCUGAACACGUGUUGGAUGAGUGCAUGAGUGCACGCGUGAGAAACUCCCAUCGAUACAACCGGGACUGCGCUGAGCGAGAUGCAGCUACCCUUGAGGAUACUUGCCACAGAUUGUUUUUCUCGAUCCAGCUGGUGCCGCUAAUCGCACGUUGAACCAGUACAAGUUACUGCGAACCUCCUGUGCACGCAAGCAUCCACGAAUACGAUGUGUUUAGUGAGAACAAGAGUGUUUACAGAGCAAGCUCUUUGCAAACUCUCCCACGUUCUAGUCCAUCUAAAAAAAAAAAAAAAAAAAACAUCCAAGUCCGUAACAAAGUCACUCUGUGGGAUAAACUUGUGUGUUCUCAUGAGUCCAUCAGUGCAGCCAAGGCCAUUUCUCUUGAAGAGGCUGUACUGAGCUAGUAGUUACACUCGAGGAUGCUUGCCACAAAAAAAAACCUUGUGUUUUGCUGCAUCAAACAACACAUACAAGAACAUUCUGCUAACACCUUGUGUCGUGAUAAGUUACUAGCAGUGCUUUUGUAAGAAACUCGUACUGUGUUCUCUGUAAUUCACCAUCCAUCAUGUGUUUGGAGGCCUACAGGAGUUCAUGAGUUGGAAAUUUGUACCACUUGAAUGAACGUGUACCAUAUCACUGGGGACAUUACGUUGAGUUGGUCACAUCAAUUACCUUGCAACUUUGGCUUCGAGUACGUAGUUUGAUGGCUCCACAGACAUUCCCGCUUUUCGUGCUCACUGAAGAGCAAAACUAGUUUGGUUGUGCAAAUGGAAAUUUUUGUGCCAACUGAGAUUUCUCAUCCUCCCCGUGUAUCACCAUAUUCCACAAAAACAUAUUUAUCUGCUUUUUACUUUAAAGUAUUUGAAAAAAUUUAUGCUCGCUCAUACCUGUUUUGAUUUAAAGGACAUGAUGUUGCAAAAUUGUUUUAAAAAACUUGGUGUAUUCUAGAAUAGGUAUUUAUUUGUCUUUUUAGUUCUUGACUGCUCUGUUUUUGUUGCACUUGCAAGCAAACAAGAAGUAAGAUGUUGUUAUUGUGGAAGGAUUCACCAGUUUCCAGUGCUUCAAAAUUGUAGCACCAUAACUCUUUUUACGUUAGAGGGAGUCCUAACAUUACAUACAUUAGCAGUAUAAUACACUGUGUAUAGGUUUUUAAAUAAGGCCAUUUAACACUAAACAGAUAUUUUAAAUCAUGCUAUAAUUUGGUCAUUCAUUCCACUCUAAAUCUUUGCACAAUGUGAACCAAUUUGUAAAUUUAUUUUUUUACAGGUAAUAUUACCAUACCUGUAAUUGUAUUUUAUGAACAAACAAGCAAGUAUGUCUUGCUGCUCAUAACAGUACUUUAAGAUGUAUUCAUAUUUAGGUAAUUAAGAAGAUGGUGAAUUUAGAUAGUAUUUUAAUAAACCUACUUAAUAAAAUAGGCAUUAAGAUCUGUAAACUUACUAUAAACUUCUAGACACACAAUUUCAUACUAAACCAUUGUGUUCUUAAAUGAAGGCAUCCAAAGACUAGAUAUUGUUUUUGUAGUUUUUUUCCUGAUAUGUAGAAUAUAUUAUCAUAUAACUUAAAGAUGCAGCACAAUAAACUAAAAUUGAAAGUGCUGUUAAAUUGAAAUAAAUGUUGUAUAUAAUUCUGACAAGGUUAUUUAUACCAAAAAAAUUGUAAGUACUGUAUUUUUGUGAAAUGUUGUACAUAGUAUACGAAGUGUGUAUACAAUUUUGUUGCUAGUGUUUAAACUCGACCAAAAAUUUUUUUAGUGAAAAAGCAGCUGAGUGGAUUUAAAUCUUAAAGUUCCUAUGGUAACUUUUCCCCCAAAACUUUCUGUGGUGUAGGUACUUUUAAUACUAAAAAGUCCAAUACAUUUGAUUCCAAAUCAAAGAAAUGUAGUUUUUUUUUUUUUUUUUUUUUAGUUCAGGGAUUUCCUUUAAUAACAUUUUACUAGCAGUUUUUUUUUUUUU